GUACGAGGCACCGGAAGGCGGCUCAGAUGAGUUUAAGAUGAUGUCCUGAAGAGAGAUUAGUCGUGCCAAGCGAGUGAUGAGAUAAAAUUAUGUUGAAGAAGCAAAUCGAAAUAUAAUAAUAGGCAGUAGGAUCAAGCAAACCAACGCGAAUGACAUGGCAACCAGCGAAAGAAUAAGCGGAGACCUGUGCCGGGAAUGGCAUCUAGCGUGAGAACGACGGCUGUCAGGAGACGUCGUGAGGCUGCAGCAUAUGAGAAACGAAAAAGCUCUUGUAUCCUCUCACCACUGAGGACGAGGGCUGCAGCGUCGCGAGUUCGCUAAAACAAUUCACGAAUAGGAGAGGCCGCGAACAACGUGCAGCCUAGUAGGCUCACGGAGGCAGAGGAGGCUCACGGCUGGUCAGGUCAGCCCAUGCUAUCGGCAGCUUGUAUGAGAACGAUUUUCGCUUUUGUUCCAGUAUCCGGGUCCGCAGACUUCAGUGCAAUUCACCGCGAUUCCAUCAGCGAGUCGUGUACACGUAUCUACCUCCAUCACUGAGUCUACAGCUCGUCUUCCCGCCACCUCCUCUCGUACAAGUUAUAACCUAUUAGGAAAAGACGAGUAUAAAAACUACAGCAACAAGUGCCCUCCAAACAAGAACCAACUGGAGCAGCACCUCUAACGCAAGAAGCAGCUAUAUCAUUACAGGCCUUCACGCUCAUCCACAACAACAACAACAACAACCUACGCUUCUUGUCCAAAUCUAGUAUUUUGCACAAGCUUCACAACCAAGAACCACAUCAAAGAUGAAGCCGACCAACAUCGACGCUCAGAGAAUCCUGGCGAUUCUGCAGGAGCUGAAAGAGCGAUUGACUUACAUGUCAGUCGUGACAGGUCAAGUGCUAGAAUCUCUACAGUUAAGGUUCUCGAUAAUUCAUCUCGAUGUCCCCAACUGUAAGUACUAUGUAUUCCUCUCCGUACUAGUUUCCUUCUUGGAAGAUUCUUAAAGUAUACCUGCAGAAACAACUAACCCACAACUACACCCAAGAACUUAGUAGGUACAACUACCUGAAACAGGCUGCAGAUGCUUCGGGGACAUGAUGGAAGUCCUCUUACAAACUUACUCCAUAGAAAUACUGACUUUGAAAAGUACUAGGUAAGCCUCAUUAUUAUCUUCGAGAGCUCUAAUACAGAGCGACGAAGGAAGUAAUGUACGCGAACUUCUAGGGCCUGAGACCUUCAAGCUUUUCGUGGAUCAAAUUCUCCUGGAAGAACAAUACGUCCUAUCACACACGCCAGAGAGCACACUGGAAGCGGAGAAUGCGGGAGGGGAGUUGGAGGUACUACAAAAGGUAUGAUGAUUCCUUGUUUGUUUUUAUUACCUGUGUUAAUUGCACACUAGUUGGAAGUGAAGCAACGAAGUAGUGCUAGAACUACAGGACGAGGAUGUUGAACAAUGAUUUUUAGGGUUUCGUCUUCCGCGCGAUUCUCGUUACAUCUUCAAAGCUCAAAAACUAUCCUCAGGCCCAAAACCGCGAGCUACUCGAAAACUUGUCGAAAAAUACUGUGGAUUUGUGCAGAAAGCUGAAAAUGACGAAUGUCAUAACCGAGCUUCGAUCGUUCCAAGAGACGAGACCACAACAGGUUAGCUUUUGUAGCUUCAAUGAUGCAAGGUUAGCAAUGAUGCAAUAGGAAAAGUUGGAAAACCCUCUAAGCAUAAGAAAGUUGAAAAUAAAGUCUCUAAGCAUAAGAAAGUUGGAAAUAAAGUCCCCAAGCAUAAGUAGUUAGUUUUUGUACUUCUGUACCGUGGUGAUGAAAGUAGGGGUAGAACAACUUCACGCAUCAAGAAAGAAGUAGCACUUCUGAUCUUCAUCUAUGCUUCUUUGUAAGUUCUCUUCAGUCCUCCAGUUAACGAGGGCACAUGACAUGACAUCUCAACCACUCCGUACUAGGUGCUCCAACUAAUCCGCACCCUCGCGGAUCUAGAGGAGUUGACAUUAAAGCGUCUCUCAACAACAGUGGAGGAGGAGAGGUCCAGACAAGAGCUCAUUGAACACUACAGGAGUAGAGAAGAAGCAGCGACGAAAAAGAGUAAAUAGUUCUGCUUCUGCUUUGUACUCCUUUUAAUCUUCGGAAGUUCUUAUGCUGCUCCACUUGUAAAGUGGUCCUGUCUAUCCUCGUUGAAUAUCUCGAGUAAAGCUAAAAAAGGCUAGAAUAUCUCCUUCUAUAUUAUUUUUUUAAGCGAAUCCGAACCAUUCAAUUUCUAUAAAUUAUUUAAGCGAAUCCGAUGAACCAUCCAAGAAUUUCAAAGAACCUGGUAAAAAAUAUCAUCACCAACUCCAGAAAUCCAGCUUGAAAAGGACCUUGCGUCUGUCCGACGGGAGCGCGAGAAAGCACAGGCUAGUCGCACAGAGGUGCUUACGAAAUUGAAGGCGGAUCUUUUGGACGUAAAAGACUCAGCAGACCAUAGAAGUCGAGCUUUGAAAGACAAGUAUCUUUCUUUUGUAUGUUGGUAUGUCACUUUUCCUUUGCUUCUUUGUAUGUCACUUUUCUAUUAUGCGGCCUCGUAUGACAGGUAGAUAGAACUAGAAGAAAGUAUAAGAGCAUCAGUCGAUUGUCCUCAUCUACUUUUCACUGAAAUUAUGAUUUCACCUUCCACAUCCAAUGUGGAUCCUUGAUUCCAAAAAUAACAGGAAGAACCAAAAUCAUUUUCAAACACCAUCCACUCUGAUCAGAUACGAAGGACGUAUGCGAGAGUUGCAGGAGAAAUAUCAGAGGAAAGAAGAGCAAUACUCAAAGGAAGUACAGACACUUCGGGACCAAGUUAGGUCGCUAACUAGUGCCUCACAGGAAGACGAAGUCGGGUUGAGGAGGAAAAAGAAACGGUACUUAUGUUCUUGGACUAGUACCCGUCUUUGCAUGUUACUAUUUGUUAUACAUAGUCAACAGGUAUACAUAGUCAACAGGUGGAUACUAUUGCUUGUGCAGCUUUAGGGAACUUUCAUACUAGAAUUCAUGUUGAAUUCGAAAAGUUGCAAAUCGCACUGUAAAAAUCUCGGAAACGUCUCAGAUUCGAAACCGAUAUCGAAGAAUUGGUUACGAAUUACGAUAGCGUAAUGCGAGCAGCGCAUGAGGAGUAUGAGACUAGUCUAGUGGAAUUGCGAAAAGAACAGAAGGAACUUGGCGUACUGUUUUUUAGUUGAAAUUGCUGUUGAUCUUGAUCCAUCCUAUGUGGUGCCGUAGUUCAGACUCUGUUUGGUUCUGUUUGAUCAAGACCUCUAGCUGUUGCAAAAUCUCUUGUACGCUUGUCACGUACCAUCAUCCUCGGAGGCGAGCAUGUGCCUGUGGGGCUCGUUGUGAACGAUCCACAACCUAAUAUGUAACCACUAUGACUAGACGACAAGAAUAGAGUUUGUAAAAAUCCCACAGGAACUCGAAGAGCACUUCGCCAAGUUGGACGAAGAGGAACGUCGAGUCAGGAUGGAGACGGAGAUGGAGGCACUCAGGGACAAACUGGUCGAAGAGGAGAAGGAGAGGGAGGCGGAGGCGGCGGCCACCCUCCAGGCCUUCUGGAAGGGUAUGACCGGCCGUUUGGACUACCAGAUCAUGAAAAAACAGAAGAAGGGGAAGAAAGGAAAAAAGGGGAAGAAGUAGACGCCUGUCUGGUCGUGGAUGUGGUGGGGCGGGUGGUGAAGUAUCUAUUUUUGUUUGGUUGUCGCUCGUUGUCGGUUUGAAUGGUUGGUUAUUUUAUCUGUAAUCUUCACCAUCUGGCCGACAAAAACACAAUUAUCCUUCAUCUUCACAGAAAUAUUCAAAGAUGGAUUGAUGGCGUGUCGCUUAUCUUUCUAGUGGUUUCGUUUACAAAUUUCGUUUACAGUCAUUUUGAAGAGCUUACACUAUCUAACUAUUGUAAUAACCAUCAAGGACAAGGUGCUAGUCUAGGCACUAGUUAGAGGAUCUGUUUUUGGGUAAAAAGGACGGAAGAGAACUGAUACUGAUUCAUUUUUGUAUCUUCUACGUAGCAUUAAGCCGGCAUAUGAACAAGAUUGGAUGAAGAUGAUGAGAUUCCUGGUUUUUUUAUCAUGCAAUGAAUGUAAGAUCAACCGAAGAUUAAACAAGUAAAAUAUAUACAAGACAGUGCAAAAAUUUAGGCCUAUCACCACGUGAUUGAUUGCGUCUACAAUUUUUGUUCUAGUAGCAUGCAAUCACGAAAACCAGGUAGACCCAC